AUGACUCCACCUGCCGAUGUAAGCUUUGAAGAGGACUUUAUAAGGCAAGAUAUCUUAGCAAAAAUUAGUUGCAUUCUCUUUGACCUCACGGGAACUUCGCCCGCUCAGAUCACCCCCGCAACAACCCUGACUGAGCUUGCGGUGGAUUCACUCACGACGAUUGAGUUACGCAGAAGGUUCAAUGAUGUUAUUCAAGUCUCUUUGCCCAUGGGCAUCGACAAUGGCCACUACACAUUAGGCGACCUGGCUGCCGUUGCUCAACAACCUUCUGAGAAAGUCCAGACAAAAGGCCAGCGUCUGAAUGGCUUAGGUGUACUUGAUCACUCGUCUCCUGUGUCUGCUUCAAGUUCCAGUUUCAUAAAUGUAUCCACCCAGGGGCUGCCUUGCGGGUCGGUUACCCGGUUAAUUCGGAUUGUUGCACAGCAGCUAAACAUUUCCGAUUCGACCACGACUGAGACUGAGCUCCGGCAUCUUGGUCUAGACUCGCUGGUCGCGAUUGACCUUGAAUCUGACCUAUGCCAGGCCUUUGGUCUAGAUUUGAACUUGAUGAACCAACCUCCUACAUUCAGCAUUAGUAACCUAAUCGACUGUAUCUUGUUGUCGCAGGGACGACGGCCGUGGGGUGCGUCCAAUCAGGAAACUUCGCCGCCAGGCGCUCUGCUGGAGACACUCAGCUGGUUUGCUUAUAUCCGGCAAAAUUACCGUCAGUUCGCCCCAGAUGUCUGGCUUCGCGGAUUUCAACACCAUGGAGCCCUACUGCCAAUCGUACCGCACGUUUCCAGACACUGGAAAGUGGUCGGCCACUGCCAUCAUAUCCUUGCCGAGUACGGUCUCAUCCAGCAGGCAGAGUAUGGCUGGGCGAUUCUAAAUGAUUUCCCAGCGUACAGGUCGGAACACCAAGUCUUGAAAUGCACUGGAUCCCGUCUUGCUGAUUGCUUCUCUGCAAAGGCCGACGCGCUUCAGGUUUUGUUCCGCAAUGAAAAGUCCCACGAACUCCUCGAGGAACCCCUGUCUAUCCUUGAACUCGGCGCCGGCACUGGUGGAGCAACAAAGUACGUGCUCGAGCAACUCAUCUCCCACGGCAUCGACUUCGAUUACACACUCACCGAUAUCUCCAGCGCACUGGGGACAUGGGCACGCCAGCGCUUCGGCCAUUACAAGCAACUCAGGUUUACAGACCUUGAUAUCGAAAAAUCCCCUCCGGGCGAACAUGUAAACAGUUAUGAUAUUAUCAUUUCGUCCAACUGUAUCCACGCGACGAAGGAUCUUGCUACCUCCUGUCGCAAUAUAUUCUCCUUGCUGCGUCCUAAUGGCAUGCUCUGUCUCUCGGAGCUCACUCGUGAUAUCUUCUAG